ACGCCUCUGAUUGUUGCUAUACGUCGAGGGCAUCAGGAUGUUGUCUUGUUGCUUCUUGACCAUGGCGCAAGCAGCAGUGUUCCUGACAAAUCCGGAUGGACGCCACUGCACAAUACCGCAGAAUGUGGCCAUGUCCACAAUAUGCACACUCUUCUUGAGUACAGCGCAGCUGUUAAUGCGCAGAAUCAGAUCGGAUGGACGCCGCUACACGUCGCUGCACACAAUGGCCAUGUCGAUAUC